AUGUCUGACGAAAACACACCCAAAGGCGCUAGUGGCAAGGUUCAAGGUUGGACUGAGCAUGAAGUCCUCGUCUACCUCCUCAGCGCUAUAGAGUCUGCCAACAUCCAAAUCGAUUUCAACUCCGCCCCUGUCCCCGCUGGUCGCAACGUAAGCGGUUGCAAGCAGAAGAUCUGGAAGGUCAAGAAUGCUCUCAAAGCUGAGAUCGAUGCCCUCAAAGCCGGAAUUUCUAUCACAGCAGCCACUGAGGGCGCUCUUAGCAAAAAGCCCGCCACUCCUCGUAAGCGCAAGCCCAAGGCUGAUGAUGAGGGUAAUGACGCCGAGAUCACCCCUAAGAAGGGUCGUGGUCGCCCCAAGAAGAAGGCAGCUACUCCAGAGAUCGAGGAGGACCAGGAGGAUCUAGGUAUCAAGUCAGAAGCUUAUGGAGAAGACGAGGAGCACGACAUCCUGAAGGAGGCUGAGCUAAUCUGA